CGAGACUGAAGGCUACUACAUUAACAAUGGGUCAAAAUCUCGCUGGGAUCAUGCGCCUGUAGACCUUGCGACUGGCCUUCGCAGAGUAGGGUGCGCGGGGGUGAAAGGCGUCUAUGGUGGGCUUCACGGAAAAUACGUGCUGCGGGCUACCGACGGAGUCCACAUCAAGGGACUGGCCUCUGGGCUUCAAGCCAAAGACCUCAAGCUCUACGCUUCUGGCGGUAGUGGAAGCUGGUGGUCUCAGUACGUGGGCGGGCGCACCGUUUGGGGGGAUCUGCACGCGACCCUCAGUAAGAAACUUGGCGAAGUGGGGGGAGCGAACGUCAAAACAUUGUCGCUCGGCAAAGAGGCGAAUAGCUGGGCAAUAACUUUUACGAGGAACGGAACGCACUGCUUAGCGUGGAAUAACGUUCCAGCCGGCCUGGCCGAACUUCUCAGGUCAAGAAGCGAUGCUGUGGACAUUGUUUUGAGCCCUUGGAACCACGAACACUACUUCGUUCUCUUUCGCGAUGGAAGUUAUCGGUACAAUUUGCCAAAGGCUUGGCUCAACGCCGAGAAUAAAAUGUUAUGAGGUGUUUUUUAGUAUAUAUCUAGGUCAUUAAUUCAUGUCAAGGCUUUUCAGUUCUUCGUUAUCCGGUCUAAUAGAAACAAUCGUUCCUCUC